AUGCCUGAGAACAAAGCUGCAUUUCUCACCGCUCAGAACGCUCCCCUCGAGGUUAAACCCUCUCCCUAUCCUGAUCCCCAAGACGACGAAGUCAUACUCAAAAAUCAUGCAAUCUCCCUCAACCCAGUCGACUGUGCCCAACAAAAGCUCGGUACUGCCUUUCCAUGGCUCAAGUUCCCAGCUAUACUAGGCUGCGAUGUCGCAGGACAAGUCGUAGCCGUCGGCUCUGGCGUUACCAAGUUCAAAGUCGGUGAUCGUGUCGCUGGGUAUCACAUGGGUACUUUCCAAGAAUACGUUCCUGUGAGCGAACACUCUUGUGCCAAAGUACCCGAGAACAUCAGCCAUGAGAAAGCGGCUACACUUCCGCUGUGCUUGAGUGUUGCUGUCAAGGCGCUCUUCCACCCGGAAUAUCUGGCACUUGAUCUUCCCACUCCUAACACUAAGGCUAGUGGGAAAGUCAUUCUUGUCUGGGGAGGAUCUACCAGUGUCGGCUGCAAUAUCAUUCAACUUUCCAAAGCAGCUGGGUUCGAAGUCAUCACCACUGCGUCGCCGAGAAACUUCGAGUAUCUCAAGAAACUAGGUGCCAGUCAAGUCUUUGACUACAAUUCAUCUACAGUCAAAGAAGAUCUCCUUGCGGCAGUUAAGGGGAAGACUGUUGCCGGGUCUAUCGCAAACGGAGGUCUGGAAGUUUCGCAAUAUGCUUCAAUCGUCGAUACUUGUGCAGCUGUCGCUCUGAGUUCGUCUGACAACUCUAAGCUUGUGCCUUUAACGAUGGUGCCUCGCUUUGAGUUGCCAGAAGGUGUUGAAACCAAGUUUGUCGUACCAUUGUCGACAGACAGGGAACUCUCUUCAUGGAUCUAUAACGACUACAUUUCGGGCGAGUUGGCAAAUGGGAAAUUUAUUCCGGCGCCGGAGGCUAAGGUUGUUGGCCAUGGGCUUGAGGCUCUUCAAUCUGCUAUGGACACUCUCAAUGCUGGGGUAUCAGCAAAGAAGAUUGUGGUAACAAUGUAA